CGCUUGACCCCGCCCCCUUCCAGCCAGAGAAGCCGCUGCUGCUGCCCGCUUACUGUCUCAGCCCCCUGGCCUCGCUGUCCAAACUAACAUUUAGGCUUUAAGCGGCUUCUGUCUGCCGUCCGUCCUCGCCUGCUUUCAUUUUUGCUGUGUGGUCUUGGUUUGCGUGGUGCGGACGGAGACUGGAGGGCGUUUCUACUAAUUCAUUCACAAACGGGGCAACAAUGGCAGCGCAGGACUUCAAUUUCUUGCUCGCUACGGAUUCGUACAAGGCUCAUCAACAUCCGGCUGUUGGUGCUCUGGGGUUGAUCAGCACAAUUUUAUAAAUUAUCACACACUACAAACAGUAUCCUCCAAACGUCAGUAAAAUUUACUCCUACUUUGAGUGCAGGCAGAAGAAAGGCUCUCAGUUCAAUGAGGUGGUGUUCUUCGGUCUGCAGUAUUUGCUUAAGAAGUACCUCACAGGCCCAGUUGUGACCGAGGACAAGAUUCAGGAGGCCAAGCUAUUCUACCAGAUGCAUUUCAAACAGGCUGUGUUUGAUGAAGAGGGCUGGAGAAAAGUCCUAGAGAAACACAAUGGUCGUCUUCCUAUUCGCAUCAAAGCAGUUCCAGAGGGGAAGAUCAUACCAAGAGGCAACGUUCUGUUUACUGUGGAAAAUACAGAUCAGGAUUUCUACUGGCUCACCAAUUACAUUGAGACCAUGCUGGUGCAGAUGUGGUAUCCCAUCACAGUAGCUACCGUAUCCAGAGAGUUUAAGAAGAUUCUGGCCAAACACCUGAAGGCUACUUCAGGGAGCGUGGAGGGCCUGGAGCUGAAGCUGCAUGACUUCGGCUACAGAGGAGUCUCAUCCCAGGAGUCUGCAGCUUUGGGUGGAGCCGCUCACCUGGUUAAUUUCUGUGGUACAGACACGAUAGCCGGAGUAUUGAUGGCUCAACGGUAUUACGGCUGUCCGAUGGCUGGCUUCUCCAUCCCAGCGGCUGAACACAGUACGAUCAUAUCCUGGGGGAAGAACAAGGAGAAGGAGGCCUUUGAGAGGAUCCUCGACCAGUUUCUGUCGGGACCAGUGUCGGUGGUCAGUGACAGCUACGACAUCUUCAAUGCCUGCAAGCACAUCUGGGGAGAUGAGCUGAAGGAACGCGUGAUGGAGCGCAGUGAGGACUCCUGUCUGGUGAUCAGGCCCGAUUCUGGAGACCCAGCAGAGACUCUAAUUGAGGUCAUCAAGAUUUUAGGAGAGAGUUUUGGCUACAGUCUGAACUCAAUGGGAUACAAGGUUCUUCCAUCUUACCUGCGGAUCAUCCAAGGGGAUGGCAUUGACCUCAGCUCAGUAGAUCAGAUUCUUGCUAACCUGAGUGAUGAAGGGUGGAGUGCUGAGAAUGUGCUUUUUGGCUGUGGCAGCUCCUUGCUUCAGAAGCUAAACAGAGAUACACUUAGCUGUGCAUUCAAGUGCAGCUAUGUAGAGACCAAUGGUAAAGGGAUGGAUGUGUGCAAGCAGCCAGUGACCGACCCGUCCAAGGGGUCGAAGCGGGGCCGGUUAUCGCUGAGGAGAAACUCGGACGGCUUCCUCGAGACAAUAGAGAGAGGAGCAGGCAAACCGGAGGAGGACCUCCUGGUGACUGUUUUUGAGAAUGGCAGCCUGCUGCAGGACUACUCUCUGGACGAGAUCAGGAAAAACGCUCUGCUUCAGGACGACGAGCCAAACCCAAACCUGUACAACCACGAACGGGAGCUGCUGCACAACCACAUCAUCAGCAGCAUCCAUUAGAACACCCGGACGACUCGUAGGACUCACGGUACUCUGGGCACAACGGGGAGUGGCGGCACACAGACUAGCCAUUUUUUUUAAAGCACCAACUACAUGAUGAAAGUCUUGAUUAGUCACUGCCAAGAGCCACCAACAACCCACCACUGCAACCUUCAUAUCGGAGAGCCACAACAUGUCUGUGUUCACGUCCAUCUGCUUCCCUCACUCCCGUAAUUCUUGCACAAUCACCUGGUGUCCCAUAAUGCUGCAGCAGUGAACACAGCAGUGUAGUCUUGACACUAAACGUGACCAACUAAAGCUCAGGUUCAGAUAUAAGCUAAGUUACUCAUUUCCAAAAAUGUCUUGUGCUCCUAUUGAGUUCUACGUCAGAGGUGGGCCAAUAGAGCAGCUGGACACAGGAAACAUUUGCAAUUGUUGUGCAUCAGCCGAUGUUCCAGUGAAGUUCGGUCCCAUCAGACUCUGGUGGACAUUUAGAGAGCUGGAACUUUGUGAACGACGAAAAGCCAUAAAAACUGAAAAUAUCUGGCCUUUCCUACUGGCCAGCAGUGUUACAGUAUCAUGUCAUAGUAUUUCCGUAUCUUCGUCAAUCUUUGAAAGCAGACGCCUCCUGUCACAAUUCAACUCUGGAAUAUAAAUGCGAUUCUUAAAGCUGCUUUUUAUGUCAACGUGCAUCUCGUUUUACCAACUUCCACAUUUUGUGAACUUCAGUCUGUGUAUUUUAGCGUUCAUGUGAAGGAAGGAGGUUUUAAGUAUUUUGUAAGUUCAGGAAAUAACUAUGAAACAAUGCAAACAGUUGCAUCAUAACAGCAGUUUAUGUUCAUACCAUUAGGCAGGCAUGUACUUUGUAACGUUGCUCUGUCCAGAACCCCAAAGUAUCCAUUUUUUAAUUAUUCCAUAACAUUUAAGUUGUCAUAAGAAUGUGGCUUUUGUUUUUCUUUAUGUGGGGUGAAAUGUUUUGGAAAUGUCAUUUCAGUAAUACUGACUAAAUGCUUUCAUGGGAGUUCAGUCCUCAUCCAUUUCAGGUGUUUUCAGACAGCAGUGUUGUCUUCAGUCACAGCCCUCUUACCACCUGCUGGCUCUUAAAGGAACAGCGCUUUGCUGCGAAGAAACCUAUUGCAAUUAUUACGUUUGGUACCAAAAAGUACCGUGUACUCAGCAGCUUAUCAAGGGAAAAACUGAAAUCUGUGUAAGAAGAAUAACACAGAUGCUUCUAUCACAUCCUUAUUAAUACAUACUUAACAUUGAGCUUAAUUAGAAAGCCAUGCUACUGUAAACUGUUCAGCUUAUAGACCAAGCAGAGAUUUUAUUGUCUUUAGCUAAAAUGUCCCAUUUUCCAGGCCCGGUCCUACGUCACCAUGGUUACGGCUGUUUCUGUUUAAUCGUGACCACAGCAGACUAGCUGACUCACAUUUCCCUUGGUGUUGCUCUUGCCGGCUUAUAGUGCUAACAUGCUAACAUGUUAACUUCGGGGACUGGACUCGGGCCUUGCUGCUGUUGUGGAAGGAAAACUAAAAGGUCACAUCCAGGUGGAAUAAAGCAUGUUUUUAAUGACAAGCUGGGACAUUACACAAGUGCUUUUAUUAAUCUUGCACAGCUCAAUAUCAUGGCUGAACUUUUUAAUUGUAUAAAAUGAUAUUUAUUUUUGAAAAGGUGUAGCGCUCAUCUGGUUUUCUGAUUAAAAAUGUCUGAUUCACAUCUAUACGACAAA